CUACAACAAUGAAAGCCGUUAACUUCCUAGGAACUCCACUCACCCAAAGAAUAACUACCCCGACUACCUUAACCUCUUCGAUUCCUGACUGUAACACGAAAAUUCACACUCUUUAUCUCCCGAACUCCAACCCCAGAAAUAAAGCUAUUCCUCUGCUCCCUCGCUGCUCCACAAAGCCAGACACCGACACCACCGACAACGAAAAAUCAAAAAAUUCGACUGUCGAACCCAAUUUAAAUUCAAACCCCACCAACCCAUCAACACUCUCUUCGAAAGAUGCAAUCUUUUCUCCUAUACCACCAUCAAUUUCUUCUUCUGUCACCAAAGGAUUGGUAUUCGAUUUGGGUUUGGAAGGUUCGUGGGACAGCGCAGAAGUCGGGUCACCAGUUGUGAAGAGGUUUCUGGGUGAUGAGGAAGAGAGAUGGUACAUGUGGUACUAUGGCAGUUCGAAUUCGGAGGGUUCGGAUUCGAUUGGAUUAGCAGUUUCGAGCAAUGGGGUUCAUUGGGAAAGAGGCGGAGGACCAGUUCAGUCGAGCCAGGACGUGGGAGCGGUGAUCAAUUGCGGGAAAGAUUGGUGGGCGUUUGACACCCAGAGCAUUAGGCCUUCUGAGGUGGUGGUCAUGUCCAGCUCAAAGGUCAGAGCUUCCAGCGCUGUUUACUGGCUCUAUUACACUGGCUACAGCGCUGAGGAGGCAGAGAUUUCUUCCGAUCGUCGCAAUUUGGAACUGGAGUUGGAGAACCCGGAAAGGAUGAAGAAUGGUGGGAAUGCCGGGAAGAUUUUGAAGUCUUUGCCUGGACUGGCAAUUAGUCAGGAUGGGAGGCAUUGGGCAAGGAUUGAAGGGGAGCAUCACAGCGGGGCGCUUUUCGAUGUGGGACUGCAGGAAGAGUGGGAUUCUUCAUUUGUUGCAACUCCUCAUGUUGUUUAUCAUGCGAGUGGUGAUCUUAGAAUGUAUUACCAUUCAUUUGAUUUGGAAAAUGGGGUUUAUUCAAUUGGGAUUGCAAGAUCAAGGGAUGGGAUAAAGUGGGUAAAGUUGGGGAAAAUAAUUGGGGGAGGAAGAAGUGGAGGGUUUGAUGAGAUGGGAGCAACGAAUCCAUGUGUGGUAAGGAACAAGAAAGAUGGGGAUUAUUUGAUGGCAUAUGAAGGUGUUUGUGCAGAUGGAGGGAGGGGGAUUGGAUUGGCUGUGUCCAAAGAUGGUUUGAAGGACUGGACAAGGAUUGGAGAUGGGGUGGUACUAGAGGCAUCUGAGGAAUGUGGGUGGGAUAACAAAGGGGUUGGAUCUCCAUGUUUGGUUCAGAUGGAUGGGGAAGAAGAUGAGUGGAGGUUGUAUUAUAGAGGUGUUGGGGAUGGGGGGAGUGGGAUUGGGAUGGCAGUUUCAGAAGGGAGUGAUGUUAGAAGGUUUAGAAGAUGGGCAGGUUUCCAUUUGUGAGAUUUGUAUGUGUUCAUUGAAAUUUGAAUCUGUUGCUUCUCAUUUGGGUGUGGAUUUUUAUCAUUGUUGGUGAGUUUGUAAUUGCAAAGUUCACACACCUUGAAUAUGACUGCUAUUUGCACUAAA